GGAGGCUUCGGGACUGUUUCCGCACGCUUGAGGGAGAGCAAGGCCCAGUGACCCACAUUUCGAGCAGCCAGCCAGUGUGUGCGUGUGUGUGUGUGUGUGUGUGUGUGUGAGUGAGUGAGUGAGUGCGCGUGCCAGUGUGUGUAUGUGUGUUUGGGUGCGCGUGUACGCCUCUCCCGUGAGUGUGUGUGUGUGUGUACACAUACAUCUGCCGCGAAAAUGUUUCCACCGUCGCUGCUUUUAGACAUUUCUGUGCUAACAGUAAAUACUAUCCUGCUCCAGUUGGCUUUUGCUCGGAUCUCACCCCGCUCGGAUGUUUAGUCUCCGGUGUCGUCGCGUUGUUUGGAGAACCGACGGUAAGGUGUGGCUCACACGUAAAGGUUUGUCAGUGCCUGGAAGGAGAGGCUUUAAAACAGAAAGUGUUGCCCGCAGAGACAUUCCACAGAGUUUGGUUGACCACCAUGUCUUUCCUGUGGUCUGGUGCCCUCUCGUGACCCCUAAUGACCUCAACAUCUUUGACCCCAAACCCUUUCUACGACCCCUGAGAAAAGACGAUAACUGACCACGUGCACAAGCUGCAGUGGGGUGGUCUUCCAAAUGCCUACCUCACGCCUAAAGAGCAAAUCACUGCAGCCACAGCCCUGAUCAGCAGCCACCAUGACAUCAAGCAUAGGGGAUGAUUGUAGCAUCUUUGAUGGGUUGAUGGAAGAAGAUGAAAAGGACAAAGCAAAACGCGUGUCCCGUAACAAGUCAGAAAAGAAGAGGAGAGACCAGUUCAAUGUCCUCAUCAAGGAGCUUGGCACCAUGCUGCCAGGCAAUACCAGGAAGAUGGACAAAUCCACCAUCCUGCAGAAAAGCAUCGACUUCCUAUGUAAACACAAAGAAAUCGCAGCCCAGUCGGAGUCCAGUGAAAUCAGGCAGGACUGGAAGCCUUCAUUUCUUAGCAACGAGGAGUUUACCCAGCUCAUGCUGGAGGCUCUGGAUGGGUUCUUUAUAGCAAUAAUGACUGAUGGGAACAUCCUCUACGUCUCUGAGAGUAUCACCUCACUACUAGAACACCUACCGGCGGACUUGGUGGACCAGAACCUGUUAAACUUUCUGCCAGUUGGGGAACACUCUGAGGUGUACAAGGCUCUGUCCACGCACCCCACCGACCAAGAGGGCCUCAGCUCCGAUUACUUAAAGACUAAGAACUGCAUGGAGUUCUGCUGUCAUAUGCUGCGAGGGGCCAUUGACCCCAAAGAACCCCCCGUCUACGAAUAUGUCAAGUUCAUCGGCAACUUCAAGUCACUCAACAAUGUUCCCAAUGUGACGAGGAAUGGUCUGGCAGGGGUUUUACAGCGAUCGCUACAGCCUGCUUUUGACGACCAGGUGUGCUUUGUGGCCACUGUCCGGCUGGCCAAACCUCAGUUUAUCAAGGAGAUGUGUACAGUGGAAGAGCCCAAUGAAGAAUUCACCUCCAGGCACAGUCUUGAAUGGAAGUUCCUCUUCUUAGACCACAGAGCUCCACCGAUCAUCGGCUACCUGCCAUUUGAGGUUCUGGGAACAUCAGGGUACGACUAUUACCAUGUGGACGAUCUGGAGACGCUAGCCAAGUGUCACGAACACUUGAUGCAGUACGGUAAAGGGAAGUCUUGCUACUACCGUUUCCUGACUAAAGGUCAACAGUGGAUAUGGCUGCAAACACACUACUACAUCACCUAUCACCAGUGGAACUCUCGGCCUGAGUUUAUUGUCUGCACACACACAGUAGUCAGCUAUGCAGAGGUGAGGGCAGAACAGCGCAGGGAGCUGGGCAUUGAGGAAUCCAACCCAGAGGUCACUGUGGAUAAGAGUCAGGACUCUGGCUCAGAGUCACAGCUGAAUACAUCCAGUCUCAAGGAGGCAUUGGAGCGAUUUGACCACAGCCGGACGCCCUCAACCUCUUCACGUAGUUCCCGCAAGUCCUCAUCACAUGUCUCUGACAACACUUGCACUUCAACAGCCUCCAAGCUACAUAUGGACACGGCGACGCCUCCACGGCAGUCACUGGCCUCCACCAUGGAGAUGACAUCACAGCGUCGCUCAUCCAUCAGCAGCCAGGUGUCAAUGAGCUCUCAAACCACUGGUCAAAGUGUAACUCCAGGCAUGAUCACUCAGCAACAGCAGCAGCAGCAGCAGCAGCAACAACAACCACAGCAGCUGCAGGCAAACGUACAGCCGGUGAUGGAGUUCACGGCGCAGGUGAACGCCAUGCAGCACCUAAAGGAACAGCUGGAGCAAAGGACCAGAAUGAUUCAGGCCAAUAUUCAGCGGCAGCAGGAGGAGCUGAGACACAUUCAAGAGCAGCUGCAGAAAGUCCAGGGACAGGGCAUACCGAUGCUGUUGCAGCAGCAGGGUGGAGCGAUGAACGUGCAGCUCCCUCAGGUGGGGUCGGUCCCACAGACAACUACUUUGACCAAUCAAGUGCAGCAAGCGGCAGUUAACCCUGCCUAUUCAGGAACUCAGCAGCUCACCAUCCAGCAGCAGGCUCCUCCUCCUCAGCAGAGCCUACAGCAGCAGACUAACUCCCUCACACAGCCUCAACGCCAGCCUCAGCAGCCCCCCCAGGCCCAGCCACAGCCCCAGGGCUCUGUAUCUGCCCCACUGUACAACACCAUGAUGAUUUCCCAGCCAGGGCAGCCCAACGUGCUGCAGAUCAGCACCAGCCUGCCGCAGAACAACACACAGCAAGGCACAACUGUGGCCACCUUCACACAGGACCGACAGAUCCGGUUUCCUGCAGGUCAGCAGCUGGUGACCAAGCUUGUAACAGCUCCAAUGGCAUGUGGCGCAGUCAUGGUACCCACCUCCAUGUUCAUGGGACAGGUGGUCACCGCAUACAACCCCUUUGGUGGACAACAGCAGGGAGGACAAACCCAGACCCUGACUCUUCAACCAGCCCAACCUUCACAGGGUCAGCCCGACGGCCAAAACCAGACCACUGUAGUGGCUCAGAGCGGCCAGCAGGGGCAGCAGCAACAACAGCAGUUUCUACAGGGCACUCGUCUUCUCCAUAGCAACCAAUCUACCCAGCUGAUUCUGCAGGCAGCUUUCCCACUCCAACAACAGGGCACCUUCACCCAGGCGACACACCAACAGCAACCACAGCAACAACAGCGGCAACAACAACAACAACAACAACAACAACAACAACAACAAUCUCACCACCAGAGGCACCAGCAGCAGCUCAAACCGCAGCCCCAGAAACAGCAGAAAACCCAAUCAUCACAUAGAACUGACAGUGUCAGCAGCCAACCACAGUAAAGUCCUGGGUAACAGAAACUUGAAGGGAUCGCUGCGUACAUUUGUUUUGUUCCUUCCUUUUUUUUCUCACCUCCCAAAAAAAAUCCUCCCUCCCUCCAUCUGAAAGGAACGAAUCAUAGGAAAGAGGAAAACCAGUGAGUCCCCAAGGAACUCACCAAAGAUUGUCACCAUGGCAGCAGGAUGGAUUAAAAUCCCCCUUUCCCUCAUCAGAGGCGGGGUGUGAGGGAGCUCCAGUCUCUGUGGAAACUUGACAAAAAUCCAGAGAACACCUUAUCGCCACGGUAACGAUGGACUUGUUUUUUGUUUUUGUUUUUUUGAAGGUUUGUCAAAAGUGGACUGACCUUGUACAGAUUUACUGUAUGAUAAAAGAAAACUUGUAAAUAUCCAAUAUAGCCUAACAGGAAACAGAAAUGUAGUAUUUUAUAUGAUUGCAUGGAAAGAAUAACUGUGUAAGCUUUUAUUAGUCGCUUUUGAAAAAUGACUUUUUACUUUGUUCAAGUGUUUUCUGCUCAAAGACGGAGCAACAACGUGCUCUCUUGGACCCCCUCCUCCCCCCCGUCCCUCCCUUCUCUAAAAAAAACAAAAGAAGUCCAGAAUGGGGCUUUAAAGUUCUGUCAGUUUGUUUUAAGGAAAAAAAAGGCUGGGCUGGGGUUUUUUGUGAAAGAAUUGUGUUUUUAAACACUGUCUCUGAGACAAAAAAUGUAACUUUGCAAGUACAAAUUAUGUUAAGCAAGAGACUAGAUUACAGUUCAACUGUAUUCUUUGCAGGAUGAUCACUGUACGUAUAACAGGUUUAGUGAUUCCAAGUGCCAAUAACAUAGUCAAUUAUGUUUUGUUUUUUUCUCUCGAGCAGACUACUCAAAGGCGUAUAUAUUUUCCAAAAAGAUAUUACCCCUAAUAAAGUUCACGCGUGUGUAUAUAGAAGGGAUUAUUUUUUAACAGUCAAAGAGCCCUAUACGUAACAAACAGUAUAUCCUCAACCUCCUGAACUUUUAGCACUUGAUGUGGUUGUGUACAGUAAAUCACUGUAGACCUAGUUGUUUGUAAACUGUGGUGUGAUUCUGUGAGCUAGUGUGUGUUUUUGAGAAUACAAUCUUUGUGUGCAUGAGUGUCUGUGGUCAGUGUGUGCGUGCGUGUGUGUAUGUGUGUGUGUGUGUGUGUGUGUGUGUGUGUUUGAUGCCCCUUGUGUCUUACGAUAAUUGACUUAGUAAGGGUUUUGAAGUUGCUGGAUGGUACAUGUAUUCUCAGGAACGUGGAAAGUUUUGCGUCUGCCUCAGUCUGGAACCAGACCGGGAAGGAUUAGACAGUGAUGCUGCAAAGACCAGAGGAAGAAGUGUCACAAAGGGUGUGGUGACGGAAGAAUAUUUGACCCAGAUUUCUUGGAGCGUUCCUUAUUGUUUCCUCAUCAAAACAGAAAUGUAGAGGGCGAAGUCACCAAUGAGAAAAGUAACAAAACAAAAGUGCUAUUUUUCUUCAUGAUUUUAAGAUUAUUGCAAAGGGGGAGGGGGUUGUCGAGAUACCCUCGUCAGACCUCAGUGUACCAGUGAACAUUUCUAAACACUGUCUCAUGGUCUUCUGUAUAAUCAGUGUUUCAUCCUUCUUUCUCUUCCUAGGCCUCAGAAAUCCUCUUGCAGUGUAGUUCUCUUUUCUCUCAGUUCACAAACGGCAGUUAAAAGCAGGGCUGGGCUCACCUUCACUUUGAAUUAAGACUUGAAUUUGAGCUCAGACUCUGUGUCACAGUUGUAAGCCAUAUCAAACAGAAAAGCCUCGGACAGGAGGAAGCGUGAUGGUUGGCAAAGGAGCAUUCAGAAUGUGUUUUGUCUCAGAGAGUGUGUGCGUGUGUGUGCGAGCGAGUGUAUGUGUAUGUUUGCAUUACGUGCGAAUAUAGCGUCUCCUUGUCUUGAUCCUACUUCUUGUAUCACUCGGGGGUCAGUAUUGGUUUCCCCUGGCGAUAGCCAAUCAGUUCUUGCGUUGCAGUAUAAAGAAAUAAUUGUAAUAUUCAAGAAUCUUCCUCUCUGCUUGGGCUCAGAAUUCUGCAAGCCUGCAAGUGUGUGGGACAGCUCAGCUUGAAUACAUGUUUGUGUGUGAGAGAGAGCAUUUGUAUGCAUGUUAACUGUCACUGUAACCCAUUAUAUUUUCAUAUGGAAACAGAUGUGUGACUGGAUGUUGGGCAAUGCAGAGCAUUGGUCACCAGUCAGGCUAUAAAGGAGAUGGGUGCUGUUAUUGUUUUACAAUGACGGACUGCUCAACAAGCACUUAUCACGGUAAAUACACACCGGACCGGUCUCAUAGUAACCCUCCAGAUAAAGCAGGAGUUUCAGAGUCUAGAGAACGAUUUUACAGUGUGGGUCUUACUAUCUGAAAUAGGUCUUCCACCCAUCACAUAGCAAAUAUAGAUCCUCUAUAGACUAGUGUGUUUUUACGGCAUCACUCUAAAGGGUAAUGUUGAAAUGUUUAUAGUUUGAGUAUGUGUCACUGAUACCCAGCCCAAAGAAUGUAAAGGUGUUUUAAAGAGACUAAUGGAUGUUGAUUAUGGAGAAGUUUUGACAGGCUUUGUGAUGAAGGAAAACAUGGGGAGUAAAAGUGUUUGUCACUGCAAGCGUCCACAUACAGAAUCUUACAUACAAUCUUAUUUACAGGUUUUACAUAGUAUAUUAAAAAAAAAAAAAACCCGCUGAAUGUUUCACCAGUAUGAUCUUCAUCUAUUUUGUUUAUUUUUCUGCAAUAAUUUUCUGACAUCAUCUGUUUAGGAAAAGAGUUUCAAAAGUGGCUGAAAGUUGAGGUGUAGGAUAUUGGAAAGACAGCGAGGCCCCCCCUCCCCCUCCAUGCAGACACACAGAUCACCUGCCCACUACACAAUUUGGUUCUGAAGAGUCCUAGUUCUAGUAUAAUACUGUACACAUACACAAAGCUAAGAACACCAGUAUUCAGUGUAAAAUGGUGCUAUGCUUACCUGUACUGUAUGUAUGUAUGUAUGUAUAUCCCUUCUUCUGCUCUUGAACUGUGCUCCUUUAUCUACCCCAAAGUCAAAUGUAAUAAUCAAUAUUUUGAAGCAAAAUGUUUGCUAUUAUUAUAACCCUCUCUCCCCUCUUGGUCAAUUUGAAAAUAAAAACAGUUGCAAAUA